AUCAGCCGCAAUUUUUUUUAGCUUGUUUUAAAAUAGAUGCCUCCUACAACUCCUGUAUGGGUCUUAAUUGUAUAAGUAGUUAAUUGCAUAGGUAUAAAACUACAGUUGUUAAGGCAACCUAUGUAUACUUUGAAGAGUCCACUUUAUUAUUUCCCAUAAGAUGAUGUCUUGGGUGCUCGAGAGGAACAUUUCGAAGAUCCUGCAAACCAGGCCAAAUCAAUGGCGUUGAUCUCAGAGCAGCACUGCCUCCUUUUCUGCUCUUUACUUUUAGCCUGUCUGUAUGUGACGGAUAUUAUCAGUUGCAUCCAGAGCUGCUGGGUCAUUCACCACUUUAUCAGCGCUCCCUUAGGGGUUAAAUAACGGGAGGUAAUUUAAGAGGGUAAGUUGCUUUGGGGGAAAGUGUCAGCUAAAUGAAUGAAUGUAAGCGCAUUCCUUUACCUUACUUGUGAGAGUGUCAUUUUCAAAAGCGCACCUGCACUUGUUUGCCCCACCCACUCCGCCGGCCCCCCCAGGAGGAUCCCAGCCAGGUACAGAUCGGCCGCUCUCGGAAGAAGGUCCAGCGCUCCGUUCAGCCAAAGUGAGGCAGUGUGGCUCCAGGAAUACAGUACAGUCAGUACGUGGAGUCCGCGGGAGAACUCAACUCGCUCCUUGUCCUUCCUGCACAUGCCAGCCUUCCAGUGCGGAGUCCAUCGGAGGACGGUGUCCACGACGGAACCCAUGGAUGGCUGCGAUGCCGAUAGCGGAGGCGGACGAUGGUGGUGGUGGUGUCACUGCAGCGGUCCAACGACGCCUUGGUUGAAGAGCCGUCCGGAGAGCUUCUCGGCGAGGAAUCCAGCGCGAAGGGACGACGAAUAAGAGAGGCGACGCCGGCAAGAAGAUGUCCGCUCAAGGGCUCCUGCACAGCGUCUUCUCCUGCUCCUCUCCAGCAGCCAAAAGCUCCUCGAAGCGAAAGCUGCGGCAGACGCGCAGCCUGGACCCGGCGCUCAUACGCAACUACGGCAGCAGCGAUGCGGAGCCCGGGCCGCCGCCGGAGUGUGCAGCAUGUUCGCGGGACGCCUCUGGUGCCCUGUGCUCGGCGCAGAGCUUCUCCGACUGCCUGUCCUCCUCCAGGCUGGAGCUGCGCGGCAAGGCGCCCAGGUUCAAACCCUCGUCCUUCUCCAGCCCGUCCACCCCACUCCAGGUGUCCCCGUCCGCCGCCUUCCACUUCGACUACGACGUGCGCGCUGCCAAGCGGGGGGCCCCCUGGGAGCUGUCCUUCCUGGCCAGGAGCCCCGCGAUCACGCCGCCCGGCAGCACGAGCUCCAUCUUCUCGCCGCGCAGGUGGCUCCAGAGGAAGCUGCAGGGGUCCGGCGCGCAGCCGUGCGCCGCGUGGAGGUCCGAGGGCGAUUUCACGUGGAGCAGCAUGUCCGGCCGGAGCGUGCGCCUGCAGCCGGUGCCCAUUCAGAGCCUCUCCGAGCUGGAGCGCGUGCGUCUGCAGGAGGUGGCCUUCAGCCGCUUGUUGCAGGACUACGACCUGGGCUGUCAGAUCACCAUCCCCAAAGAUGGACAGAAGCGCAAGAAAUCACUGAGAAGGAAGUUAGAUUCUUUAGCAAAAGAGAAGAACAAGGACAAAGAGUUUGUGCCCCAGGCCUUUGGCAUGCCCUUGUCGCAAGUGAUUGCCAACGAUCGCACCCACAAGCAGCGGCAGGACAGCCACAAAGAGGAGCACAAGGAUGCCACCGAUCUGGUCUCCUCCAUCCUGCAGUUUGCCACCAAGCGGCCCAACAAGGAGCUGUCCAGCAGCAACUCGUCCGUCAGCUCCACCUCAGAGACACCCAACGAGUCCACCUCCCCCAACACACCCGAGGCAGCCCCCCGGGCCCGGAGGCGGGGAGCGAUGUCUGUGGACUCCAUCACCGACCUGGAUGACAAUCAGUCCCGCCUCCUGGAGGCCCUGCAGCUCUCGCUGCCGGCAGAGGCUCCCAGCAAGAAGGAGAAGCAGCGUGAUAAGAAGCUGAGCCUGAAUCCAAUCUACAGGCAGGUGCCCAGGCUGGUGGACAGCUGCUGCCAACACCUGGAGAAGUAUGGUCUUCAAACGGUUGGGAUUUUCCGGGUUGGGAGUUCAAAGAAAAGAGUGAGGCAGCUGCGGGAGGAGUUUGAUCGGGGCGUGGACGUGCAGCUCGAUGAGGAACACAGCGUCCACGACGUGGCGGCUCUGCUCAAGGAGUUCCUGCGGGACAUGCCUGACCCCCUGCUGACCAGGGAGCUGUACACGGCCUUCAUCAACACCGUGUUGCUGGAAUAUGAGGAGCAGCAGGGUGCCAUGCAGCUCCUUAUCUACCUGCUGCCUCCCUGCAACAGCGACACGCUCUAUCGCCUCCUUCACUUCCUAUCCACGGUGGCGGCCCACGCGGACGACACCCACGACAAAGACGGACAGGAGGUCACGGGGAACAAGAUGACAUCGCUGAACCUGGCCACCAUAUUUGGGCCCAACCUGCUUCACAAGCAGAAGAGCUCAGACAAGGAGUUCUCGGUGCAAAGCUCAGCCCGCGCCGAGGAGAGCACAGCCAUCAUCGCCGUGGUGGAGAGGAUGAUCGCCACUUACCAGCACCUCUUCAUGGUACCUCCAGACCUGCAGAACGAGGUUCUGAUGAGCCUGCUGGAGACGGAUCCGGAUGUGGUAGAUUACCUGCUCCGGAGGAAGGCCUCUCAGUGCACGAACCCAGACCUACUGAGGUCCAGCGGUACUUUCUCCCUGAGUGAGCGCCACUCCUCCAGCGACUCCAAUAAGGCCUCCAGUGGGGAGGUGUCCCCGUACGACAACAACUCCCCAGUGCUGCCAGACCGCCUGCUCGCCCAGCCUUUGGGGGAGGAGCGGCUCGUUGGGGUCCCCGAACAGAGCAGCCCGACGGGCCACGUCGCAUCCCGCUCCAGGGAGCCCCACUUAACCCAGUGGGUCACCAAGGACUCGUCUGAUGAGCACACCAAUAUCUGGGGAGCCUGGCAUGCAACACUGAAGUCAGGGCUUAAGGAUCUUCCCUGCACAGGCUCUCAGGGCAGCAUGUCUGAAUGCAGCUCCUCUGAGGGACUCGAUGGUCACCAAGGCAACGGGAAGCAGCAAAUGCGACGGGCACAGACCGCCCUCGGUCUAGCUCGGUGCCGGCAGCACCCGCCUGUCACUCGGGCACUCAGCAGCCCACAGGACAAGACCGGGUGCGGGCGGCUGGGCAGCGCCCCACCCCCCUCCCAGCUGGACGGACAGUCGGCAUCAAGCAGCACGGAGGAUCUCCCGCAGAGAGGCUCACACCCUGCCAGCUCUCUCUGUGGACUCCAGCCGCACCAUGGGAAAACCGAGCUCGCCAGUUCACCACCGGGGUCCUCUGUGCCGAACUCACACCAGUGUCCUCCGAAGGGCGGGAGCCCAGGGCCUUUGAGAGCGCCCCCCACUUGCACCACGGACACUAAGGGCUCAGACAGCUCCGAGUGGCAGGAGUGGCAGAGGGAGAGGUGGCAGAUCUGGCAGCUCUUAUCGUCAGACAAUACAGACACUCUGCCAGAGACACUGGUGUGACCCAGACUCGCCCCAGACCUGCCACUGCUGUUGAGAUGGCGCCCCCUUCUGGUAUGUGAUGUAUGUAUUGCUGCUGUCAACAGAUGUGCAAACAUUUGGUUUUAUGUUUGCUCAUUUUUAAAAUACCUUGUGUGAGUUUCAACGGAAUGACCAUGGUUUUGAUAAACUUCAGGCAUACCUCAUAACAAACAUAAAAUGUACAUGAACUUUUGGAAAAUGCGUAAAAGCAUGUAGAGAAGUUUACCGACAAAUUUGAAAAAGUACUACAAUAAAUUUGCGGAGUAACCGCAAGCAGACACAGGAAUGCAACCGUUGUGGUAAUUAAAUGGCGGGAUGAGAUGGAACUGGUGAGGAUUACGACUAAAAAUUAUUCAUCUAACAGGUGAUAAGCCACUCACCUGAGAUCCCGAGCAAAACACAAUGUACAUAUGCAGUUGUUACACAGUAGUUAUGAAGUAGUUACAGCUUAAAAGCAUCAAGUAAUGGUUCUCUUAAUGUAAAGUUUUACCCAUAGUCUCAGUAUUUUUUAAAUGAUUUUCAGUAAAUCUUAUAUGCCUUAAGAAACUAACCUUUGUUAUAGAGGCUGCUUGUGAAGUUCCAUUUUGAUAUUCCACAUUUGCUGGCAUCUUUUAAAUGGAAUUCUCUCUUCGUGUCACAAAGACCUGCCAAAAAGUUCAGCUGUAAGAUGGACGGAACUGAAGUGUUUUUGUAGAGAUUUUGUAUAUUUUUAUUUACGUUUCGGCAUUGAAACACAGUUUAUGGCUGUCGGAAAACAAAGCGCUUGAUGCAGAGAGAUUGUACUUUAGAACAAAAAAGUGUAUGCGAGAAAUUCACGUUUUAAAAAUAUUUAUUUAGACUAAUUUUGACAAAAAGAAAAUACUAU